AUGACAGAAACUUUAAACCCUUUGGCUCAUUCAAAUGACAUCAGAGCUAUGCCGCCUCCUGAUAAAAACCAUAAAAGCACACUCAUAACUGCAGGUGCUGGCGAAAUUGUGCUUACAAUAAUCACGCAAUUAAAUGAAUUAUUCACAGAGCAUCAUAAAUCUUUUGUUGAAAUUGAAAAAAAGAUAAUAAACCUAUGCAAAAAUCUAACUGGCGCUUCUUGAGUAGAAAUUUUGAUAAAACAAAAUGACAAACUGCAAGUAUUAGGAAGCAAACAAAUCCAUGAUUUUUUAGAAAUAAAUCCAAGCUCACUCCCAGGCUUUGUUGCAGAGCAUAAUUUAAGUCAGAUAAUUAAUAACCCACACACAUCCACUUUUUACUCAACUUUUACAGAAAAAAUUUUGCCUUUUUCUAUUAUUGAUAACGCAUUAAUAGAGCCUACAUCGCUAUGUGCAGUACCUUUUACAAGCGGGUCACAUGAAGUCAAAGGUGUUAUAAUGCUUUUUGAUAAACUUGACCAAAAUAAAGCUUUAAGCUAUUUCACUAUGAAUGAUGUGCACAUUGUGCAAUCAAUUGGAAUUGUAAUGACACAGAUUAUAGUUACCCAAAGCCAUUUUUCUGAAAUUCAUAGAAAAUUAAAUGUUUCAGCUUCAUUGAGAGAAGAAUUAAUUAAUAUUCUAUUUAUAAUAAAUUAAUUUCCUAAUAAAUAUGCUAUAAUUUAAUACAAAUUAAUAGUAAAUGGCUUAUAAAUGAAGUGUCAACCCAGAUUUUCAAAAGGAUGAAACUAGUGAAAAGAUGCCGAGAAUUAAUAAAAAAAGAUAAAAUUGUCAAUGAGAAUAUGGUUACACUGAUAAAAGACUGUAUGCAAGCUCAUGGUGUAAUUCUACACAUUAAUAUCAACAAUGAUUUAAAAAUGAGAUUUAUUCAAGGCUUUGAAAAUUUUUCUCAGGAUGUCCACAGCUUUAAAACACAAACCAGCUUUUAUUCUGCAUUUACAACAAAAAAGAUGAUAAAUAUACAGGAUCUAGCCAGUGAGCCAUUAUGAGAAGAAGACAAGCCAAAAUUAUUUAGGAGCUUAUUAUCAUGCCCUAUUAUUAAUAAAAAUGACUAUGUGUUAGGUGUCAUUGAAUUUUUCAGGCAAGAUAAAUUUAUACUUAAUUCUGCUUAUUUAGCAGAUGCUAAAAGCCUUAUUUUUUUACAAAACAUAAUUUUUUUUAAUUUUAAUCAUGGGCAUUCCAAACAAAAUAAAUAUACUACGCUUGAUGAAAAAAUUGCUAAGUUUUUAAUUAGUGCACUAGGAAAAAUUUCACACGGAAAAUGGGCAUUAAUAUGAGAAAAAGAAAAAAAUACCUCCCAAUUAGCCCAAGAAGCUGAACUGAAUAGGCUUGUUAUGUCUCUUUAUUCAUUUUAUGCUAAUUUUGAUAUAUUUUAUGAUUAUACAAAUUUAUUUGAGCAGGCACAAAAAAGCUUAAAAAGAAUUAUUUCUUAUGACGCUAUAGUGAUAUAUAUAGUAGAUACAUCAAGGGAGCUAUUUUGGACACACAAAAGUGAUAAGGAUGAAGGAUUUACGUUGCCUAUAAAUAAAGAAAAUUUAGCUGGGCUUGUAUAUGAAUCAAAAAAAAUAAUAACUCUUCCAGACGAUGAUAUUUUGAUUUCUGACCAUCACCAUUAUUCAGGAAAAUUUGUAUUAGGAAUUCCGCUUAUAAGCAAGAUUUUAUGUUCCAAAAUAAUUGGCGUGGCCAUAAUAUCAUAUAGGAAUUUAUUUUUCAAAACAUUAUUUUUUAUAUAAUUAAUUAAUAUAAAAAAUUAAAAUAAACCCUAAUAUCACGAUCCUCACACAUAUUUGACUAUGAAGAAACUGAUUACAUAAGCUGUUUUCUUUCCAAUAUUACCCGCACCUUAGAAGAAAUUCAUGUGCAUACUUUAAAACUUGUCCAUCAAACCACAGAAAUUGAGCAUGAAAGUCCUACAGCCUAUCUAAAACGUAUGCACACUGAAAAAAUCCGAGGAGACGAAAUCAUCAGAAGGCGUAGCUCUUAUGAAUCUCAAGAUAUAGCGACACUAUGAAAAAACAAUAUCAUCAUUGAUUUAUUGUUCCACAUAGGCACCCUUUCUCCAGACCAGCUUGAAAAAAUCACUGAUUUUCGGCAAAUUAUUGACAAUGAUGAGAGGCCGCUUCAUACUUUUGCAAAUAAUCUAAUGAAAGUUGUAGAGUGCAGGGCAGCGUCUUUAUUGCUAAAAGAUCUGACUGAAGAGCAUUUAUUUAGUUUGCCUUCAGAAACGCUAGUUAAGCCUUCAGGACUAAUAAAUUAUUGCUUACAGAACGGAAAAUUAAUUUUAUAUAGAAAUGAAGCCUAUAAAGCUAUGCAGUUUGAUGGGCAUGUAGAUAGCCUUGGAAUCAAUGAAAAUGUAGAAAGCAUAUUAUGCGUCCCUAUUUAUAAUUUCUGUAACAAUGUAGACGGAGUUUUGUGCUUUGUAAACUCACCUGAUAAUUUCCCUCCAGAAACCGUCACUUUAGCUAGGUUUUUAUCAUUGAUUCCGAGAGAAAUUUUGCAGACUAAGGAUAUUAAUAUAGAAAGCUGGCAAAAUAUUUUGAAGGAAAGCAGGAAACAUAAAAUGCUGCUACAAUGGUGCAAGCAAAUUUUUACAGUAGGAAAUCAUGCUCAAUAUAAACAAAUUUUAGCUAAAAAUAUUAUUGAAAAAUUGACUGAUGUUACUGAGGUUGGGAUUUUGUUACAGUCUAUAUUAGAAAUUAUGUGCUCAUUGACAAAUUCUGAAGACUCAAGAGGGAUUUUUGUGUCUGGAGGAGAAUUCACUGUUUAUAACUCAAGAGGAGUAAUUUCUCAUUAUUUACAGGAUUCUGAUAAAGAAAAAUACAUGAAAAUCAUAAAGAAAGAUAGACCAUUGUCUUUAUCUAAAUAUGAAGAUAGAGAAAAUACUAUAAUUUUCAUAUUAAAUACACAUUAAUGAUUUAUUUUUUAAAUAAAAUAAUAUUCAUUAUAAAUAUUAUAUCCUCAUAUAAAUAAACUGUCUAUUUAUAUAUCAUUUAUUUUUUAAUUCUCCCAAAAUUUUAUCCCUAAUCUACAAAUCCGCCUUAUUUAUAAAAUCAUAUUUAUUUCCCUUACUCUAAGUCUGAUAAAUCCAUUGUUAUCGAGAUGUGGAACAAAAAACACGAAACUUUAGCCUACUAUUCCACCUAUACAAAAGAAGACGAAAUCAUCAUCAAAGAAAUCUCCAAAGUUAUGCUCAGAGUUCUUAUAGACGAAAACCCCGAAACAAUGCUAAACUUAAGGCAACUUAUUAACAGCCACAUUUCUAACCUUAACAAUCACUCCUUAUUAUCGACUAUACGCUGUGCUGCCCAAAAGCUUUUAGAUUGUGACAGAGCUACUUUAUUUUUAAAAGAAGGCAAAAAUUUAACAGCAAAAGCCCAAGGAAUUGAACAGGAAAUUCCAGUGGAUUUUACUUUUCCAUUAGGAAAAGGGAUUAUUGGGAAUGUAGCGCAGACAGGGCAGACAGAAAAUAUUAAAGAUGUAUAUGAGGAUUCUCGGUUUAAUAAAGAAAUUGAUGAGCUUACAGGGUAUAGGACAACUUCUAUGCUAUGCAUGCCUAUUUUUUCGCUACAGGGAGAUGUGAUUGCAGCUUUGCAAAUGAUAAAUAAAAAUAAAGGAAUUUUUGAUAAAAAUGAUGAGGAUACAUUAGAACUGUUCUGCAAAAUAGUGUCGACACAGCUGCAGAGCUGGUCAGCUUUCCAGAAAGCAAUUGAAGAAAGAACGGAUUUAUUGAAUAUUUUGAAUAGUAUUGGGAAUUAUAUUCUUGUUCUGAACAGUCAAGGGGUUUUAAGUUACUAUAAUAUCCUUUUUUUCAAAGUAAAAAUUUCGAUUUUCUCUACAAUUUUUUUCUGUAUUUUUUAAAAAAAUAUAUAAUUUUUUAUAUAAAAUUAAGAUUUUGUUAAUCCUAAACAGAAUAAAUCAUUUGAAGACAUUAUAGGAGUAAACGAAGUAACAGCGACCUCAAUGCACUAUUCACAAUGACUAAAAUGUAACCGAGAACUUGUCAUUGAUAUUACCACAAUUUUUAAUAAUCCUUAUAAACGAAUUAGGAGAAACUCUAAAAGAAUUUCUGUGAUGCCUCGAAUUAGAAGCAGGACUAUGCCAGCUGUAGGAGGGCUUAGCUUUGGAGAAAAUAAGUCAAAUGUCUUUAAUUACUCAUUGGCUGCACUUAGAAAUUUGUCUACAAAAGAAGCAGCUGGGGUUAUCAUUGUGCUUGAGGAUGCAUCUGCUAUUGAAGAAUUAAACGCAAAAUUUAAGUCAAUGCAAAGCCAGUUUUUAGCCCUCGCAAACCCAAUUAUGACAGAAACUUCACUACAAAAGUGCAUUAAUAAGCUGUCCUGCAUAGCUACAGAAAUUGAUUCUGCUUCAGAUAUGCAUAUACAAUUAUACCUUAUUUAUAAGAUUAUUAUAAAUUUACCAAUAAAUCCCUAAUUGAGCUAUUCUCUAGAAUUUUCUAUAAAAGACAUCAUCCACACCUUAAAGCAUGGAAAUUUAAACCACGCUGAGCUAAGAAUCCCAAGCGAGCUAAAUCAUAUGGAAAACGAGCUCCAUUCCCGGCUAAAAGAAUACAUAGAAUGCAAUACUAUAGAAGAAGCCAAAACUUACCAAAUCCCAAAAAUCCCUUCAGGCGAAAGAAUUGACCAAAACGGAGGAAUCGAGCUAGAAAAUUUACGAAAUUGGAACUUAAAUGCUUUUGAAAUUGACGAUCAUUUUACUUAUAUAAAAAACAUGCUGCAGGACUUUGAUUUAUUGCUGCAGUUUGGAAUUUCAUCAGCAAAACUGCGUGAUUUUAGUGAAAAAGUGAAAGAAGGGUACCAGACAUACAAGAACCCUUUUCAUAAUUUUUAUCAUGGGUUUUCAGUAAUGCAUUCUACUUAUGUCCUGCUUGUGAGUACAAAUGCUGGAGAAGUGUUUAAUGCGCAUGAAAUUUUAUAUUAUUUUAUAAGAAAAAUGCUUAAAUAUAGGGUAGCUGCUAUGAUUUAUAAAUAAUAUAAAAAUUAUUAUCAAAAUUUACAUGGAAAAAAAUUAUCAUUGAGGAUAUCUCAUUUAAUUGCUUCGUUAUGCCAUGAUAUUGGCCAUACUGGCCAUAAUAACUCAUUUGAAAUAAAUCAGUCAAGCUCCUUAUCAAUCCUUUAUAACGACAAAUCUGUCUUAGAAAACCACCAUUCAGCCAGGACUUUCCAAAUAUUGCAAAACCCUUCUUCAAAUAUCCUAGAAAACGUCCCUCAAGAUUUACAAAAAAUCGUAAGAAAACUCAUAAUUGAGUGUAUAUUAGGGACUGAUAUGGCGCGGCAUUUUGGGAUGAUUUCUUAUAUGAAUACCCGUAUGAAAGAUGCUUAUGAGCACCCAUUAGGGACUAUAGAAGACGACUGUGAAAAAUUAGCCGCUUUUCUUAUACAUUCUGCUGAUUUAGCACACCCAGCCAAGGAAUUAUCAUUAUUCUCAAAAUGGUCACAUUUGGUUUGUGAGGAAUUUUCUCGACAAUAUGAAGAAGAAAUAAAACUUGACCUGCCGGCGACUGAGUUUAUGAAAGGGCUAGACGAGCCAAAGCUUUAUUAUAAAAACGAGAUAGGGUUUUUAUGAUAUUUUUUAUAUAAAUAUAUAUAAAAUAUAUAUAGAAAAAUAUAUAAUUCAGUUUAUAUUCAGCAUAACUAUUAUAGUAAAACCACUAUGGGAAUGCUUAAACUUGUGGCUGCACCCUAGGAUUGACCACUGUUUGAAUAAUCUUGCUGACAACAUUAAAUUUUACCAAAAGAAAUUUGAAGAACUCCAAAGAUAA